AUGCUUGCGAAGGAGCGCGGUGCAACUGUUGUUGCCACGACGCGGAACAAGGACAAGACUGCACAGCUGAAGAAAGUCGGUGCGGACCAUGUCUUGCUGGAGGGUGAUCUGGAGGCAGAGAUUCCAAAGCUAUUCCCCAGGGAUGUCGAUGUCAUCUUGGAGCUUGUGGGCCCGAAUCAGAUCUUACGAAGUCUGGGUUUCUCAGCGAGAUUUGGAACCAUGAUUAUUGCGGGAGUGUUGAAUCUGGGCUGGGAUGCUGAGGGCUUCAGUCCAGUCAUGAUUCCUCCAACCAGAAAUUUGAGCUUCUAUACCAUGACCAAUGCUGGGAUCGGAAGCGAGGAUGAUGGCUUGGAAAGCAUGGAGGGCCUGCUUGCGGAAGUGCUGGAAAAAGUUGAGAAGGGCAUUUAUCCUGUCGAAAGUUUUCUCGAUAAGACUUUCAAGCUGCAGGACAUGGGCGAGGCACACACGUAUAUGGAAGACAACAGAGCCAGCGGAAGGUCGUGGUGA